AUGGAGGCGUGGAGCGGCGGCGGCGGCGUGGGGAGGGCCGGUGAAGGGGACAACGGCGGGGGCGGGGGCUUGCGGGCGACGCAGGGUGGAGGCCCAUGGGGUCCCUCCAGUUCGUGUUCUCGCUCGAUCUCGGUGGUAUUUCUUGAUCCCCGCUCCGCAGCGGCCACAGUUCGCUCUCGGUUGCCUCACCCGCCGAUUCGGCCCGCCGCGCGCUUGGAGACGGAAUCAAGAAAUAGAGGCUGCAUCGAGAUGGAAUCGGAACAUAUACUGGUGCGGGCAGCCGGUGCCGGUGGCGCCUUCCCGGCGCACUGCAACUGGACCGGCGUGGCCUGCGACGGCGCCAGCCACGUCACGUCCAUCCAGCUCCUGGAGACCGGGCUCCGGGGCACGCUCACAUCGUUCCUUGGCAACAUCUCGACGCUGCAGGUCCUCGACCUGACAUCGAACCGCUUCGGUGGUGCCGUGCCGCCGCAGCUCGGCCGCCUCGGCGAGCUCGAGCAGCUCGUACUGUACGACAACAACUUCACCGACGGCAUCCCGCCGGAGCUCGGCGACCCGAGGAGCCUGCAGCUACUGGACCUCGGCAACAACACGCUCCACAGCGGCAUCCCCGGCCGCCUCUGCAACUGCUCGGUGAUGUGGGCGUUUGGCGCGGUGAACAACAACCUCACCGGCGCGCUUCCUGACUGCAUUGGCGAUUUGUCCAACCUCAGAUUUCUGGUGCUCUUCAACAACGGUCUCGACGGCGACCUGCCGCCAUCCUUCGCGAAGCUCACGCAGAUGGAGGCGCUGGACCUCAGUUCCGGUGCCACAUAUUUUUCUGUCAGCAAAAGCUCCCUCGUCGAAUUUCUGGUUUUCCGCUGUUUAGAUUUCUGGCUUCUGCUCUUGGAGCUUGAUCUGGCAGCUCUGCUCUGUGCCUUUGCUCAAAAGCUCUUGAAGCUUCACUUCUGA